AUGGAUGGCAUCGGAGCGAAUAAAAAUAUUGUUGUCUUAGCUGCAACAAAUCGCCCAAAUCACCUCGACCCUGCGUUGAGAAGGUUUGGCCGUUUUGAUCGGGAGAUCGAAGUGCCGGUGCCUGAUGCUGCAGGGCGUCUAGAGAUAUUAAAGAAGAAGACAAGAAGCAUGAGGCUAGGAGAAGAUGUGCAGCUGCAGCAGAUUGCUGCUGAUGCCCAUGGCUUCGUGGGGAGUGAUAUCGAGCAGCUCUGCUUAGAAGCUGCGCUGCUGUGUCUGCGGCAGCAGGUGCAGCAUAUCGAUUUUGAUAAGGAAGCUGUAGAUCCUGAGGUGCUGCAGCGUCUAAAGGUGGGGCAGCAGCACUUUGCUGCUGCUCUUGCUGCAGUCAAUCCGAGUGCACUUCGAGAGAGACACAUAGAGGUGCCCAACGUGCGGUGGUCAGACAUUGGGGGGUUAGAAGACGUGAAGAGAGAGCUCAAGGAGACAGGUGAAGGGCCCCGAGCUGCUGACGAUGUGGUUUGGCGAGUCAGAAGCAAACGGGGUUCUGGUAGCGAAGCUUCUGACCGCGUUAUUAAUCAAAUAUUAACGGAGAUCGACGGCAUCGGCAAACAAAAACAAAUAUUCAUCAUUGGGGCAGAUCUAACAGCCCUCUGUCAGCGUGCUGCUAAGCUCGCGAUAAGGGAGAGAAUAGCUGCGGAGACAGCCGGGAAGCCGCCGAUUAAACAACUUACUAAGAGACACUUCGAAUUAGCAGCAAAGGACGCAAGGCGUUCAGUGUCUCCUCAUGUGGUGGCUGCAUACGAAGACUUCCGCCGCAAGUACGAAGCAGGAAACGGAGACGUUAUUGAAGCUGAUGCUGCUGCUGCUGCUGCUGCUGCUGCUGCUGCUGCUGCUGCUGGUGCUGGUAGUGGUGGUGGUGGUGGUGGCAGUGGUGGCGGUGGGGCUUCUCCUCCUCCUGCUGCUAAGUAG